UCCCAAUUCCUUGCCACACACGAUUCAGAACACCCUUCCGUCCGUCUCACCUCUUCUAAUUCCGGUGACCUUCCGACCUCUUUUCCGGCUAAUCAAAAACGAUGGUGUUAGCAUCAGGAGGAGGCUAUUUAUUUUCUGAAACUUUGAUCCCUUAUGCAGGCAUUAUUGUUGGUAUUCUGGCUUCCAAAAUGGUUUAUAAUCUAGCUCAAAUGAUCAGUAAAAUGCAAUUCAAUACUUAUUCUGGGCUCACCAGUUUCAAGCAACUUGAGUGGAAUAACAGGGCAAUAUCUACAAUUCAUGCAUUUUUCAUCACACUAUGGUCUCUAUACUAUGUCUUUUGGUCGGAUCUUUUUGUUACAAAUGAUACCUUCACAAACCCUGUCACAUUCCGGAAUUCCCCAGAAUCUACAUUUGGAUUAUCGGUUUCUGUUGGGUAUUUCCUUACUGACCUUGUAAUGAUACUCUGGUUUUACCCUUCUCUUGGUGGAAUGGAGUAUGUGGUUCAUCAUCUUCUUUCUUUGGCAGCGGUUACAUAUGCUGUAUGGACAGGGGUAGGACAGGUCUAUACAUUUAUGGUUCUUAUCUCUGAGACAACUACUCCAUCAAUAAAUUUGAGAUGGUAUCUCGAUGUUGCUGGAUUGAAGAAGUCGACAAUUUAUCUGAUAAAUGGUUUCAUUAUGAUCUUGGCAUGGCUGGUUGCGAGAAUAGUUUUAUUUAUCUAUGUGUUCUAUCAUAUCUAUUUGCACUUUGAUGAGGUAAGAAAGUUAGUUUUAUAAUUAAUUGAUCAAGUGUUUUUUAUACUGCUGAUUAAUUAUCUAUUAUUUAACAGAUUAUGCAGAUACAAAAAGCUGGAAUUUGCUUGGUUUUAGUUGUACCUUCUGUGAUUUCUGUGUUGAAUUUGAUAUGGUUUAGGAAAAUUGUAAAGGGAUUGAUCAAGACUUUAGCUACAAAGAGGGAAUAAUGAAUGAGGAAUGUGCAUUCUUCAACCUUGUAUUAAUAAAUAAUCUUAUUGUUUAA